AACCUGAUCUUACUAUCAAUAGUUAUACCUCAAAAGUUUGGAAUGAUGCAAACUCAGAUUUUGUAUCAGUUCAUGCAACAACUAUCCAAGAAACAGCCGCAACUAAGCGAUUACUUUCAUUGCUUAUUAAACAGAAGGAAAGCAUUGAUGAAGUGCUGGAUUCGCAGCCCGUAUAUGCUUUGGGACCUGACUUUCAACAAGGUUAUUCUGUUCCAUGUAUUGCCUGUUGGGUUGCUGAGCCUCUUGAUAUAACACUAAUAGAACGACUUUCAGCCUUAUUUGAUAAUGAGUUUGAAAUUAUUAAUUAUGUAGUAGAAAAACCAAGAGAAUCAUUAAAUGAUGGUGAAGAGCAAGACAUUGAACUUUCUUCAAAUGAUGCUAAAAUCAUAAAUAAAGAUGAAUAUGGUGGAGAGAGUAAAAAUAAAGAUAUUGCUGAAAGAAAUGAAAAGGAUGAAGGAAAUAAAAAUGAAGAUGAAGAUUCAAAUAAAAGUAGAGAUGGAAAUGAAAGUGGUAAAGAUGAAAGUAAUGGAAAGAAUGAAAGUAAUGAGAUGAAUAAAAGCGAUCCAUUUAUCCAAGUUAAAUCUGUAGCGAACGUCAAAGUCGAUAAUGAGAUUCAAAGUUUUACCAUAAACACCUAUAUUGGAGCAAAUAUUAGCACUAAAAAAAAUGUAUCUAAAAAUUGUCUAGAAUUUGGUAUUAAUUUAUUUCUUUGUGGAGCGGGAGAGAUGCUUAGUAAAAUUUGUGGAUCUCUUCAGGGCUUUACUGGAUAUUAUCUUGAUUCUAUUUCAAUUGCAGUCUCCCCAAUUCCCCAUGCCGUCAAUAUUUUUGAUGAAGCAAAGGCAUAUAGUCCAACAAAUCACGAUCAAAAAAUAGAACUUUUGGCAGGUCAUGAGACAAGUUCUGGUGGUCAAAUAGGUUUAACAACACCGCAUAGUUUGAGCAUUACUGCGAACAUUGCUAAGAAAAAUAGUCAUAGCACAAAAGCAACAGUAAAUAAAUGGAACAUGGAAAUAUAUCCCUGCUCGACUAAAGGAGUGAAAUGGUCAUAUAAUUUUAAUUCUUACAAUCUAAAAGAGACUGACAUUUAUAGAGAAUGGCCGAAUCCGCAACCACAUUUGGGUUAUUGGUACACUAAAGAUAAAAUGAAAGGAUUCCAAAUCACCAUUAUACAAACACUACGUUGUAAGUUCAAAUACAACUUCUUCAGGCGUGUUAAACCAGAAAUAAUAAAAAAAUGUCCUAAAAUUGAUCAUAAGCUAGAGAUCUCCUUUAAUGACUUAACCGACUUCAAUAAUGGAUUUAAAAAACUAACCAAAAAGUUACAUAGCGAACAUAAUGACAUUAUUGUCGACUUGAAAGACAAUAGUUCAUUUCCGAUAAGUAUUAAGAAAACUAAUGAAGAGAUGGUCUUUCAGCAAAAAGAUUAUAUGAGCCUGAAUCGAGUGCUUUCACUGGAAAAAAAAUAG